UCCUAUCAGUCCGAGAUCCAAGAUCGUGAACCUACCCUUGAAUCAACAUGCCGUCUACUUACUUUAAAGAUUCCGACUCGGAAGCCACCGAUAAAGUUCAACAGAUCAAAAAGGACGACAAGAAAGAUAGACGAGACAAGAAAGACCGUAAGAGCGACAGAGAAUCUCGCAAACGUGCUCCCUCGGAUGAAGGAAAGGUAGAAGAACCCGAAAAGAAAAAGUCCAAGGUUGAAGAUCAGACAGCCGAAGAGGCGACUGAAGAAGUCCCUGAACAUUUGCGCUUGUCCAACUUCCGUAUCUCUGAAAGUACGGUCAACAACCUCAAGAGCCGUGGCAUCAACUCUUUGUUUGAAAUCCAGUCAAAGACUUUUGACGUUAUCUACGAUGGUAAUGACGUCCUUGCUCGUGCCCGUACCGGUACCGGCAAAACCUUGGCCUUUGCUUUGCCUGUCAUUGAAAAAUUGUCCCUUGACAAGGACUCUCAACAACGUCGUGGUCGUGCUCCCCGUGUUUUGGUGCUUUGCCCUACUCGCGAUUUAGCUAAACAAGUGUGUGGUGAUUUCGAAUCCAUUAGCGGUAACCGUUUGAAAGCCCUGCCCGUGUAUGGUGGUGUCGCCUACUCUGAACAAACCUCCGUUCUCCGAGAUGGUGUGGAUAUCAUCGUUGGUACCCCCGGUCGUAUUAUGGAUCACAUCAACUACGGUAACAUGAAAUUGCACAACCUCCGAUAUAUCAUUCUUGAUGAAGCCGAUGAAAUGUUGGAUGCCCGCGGUUUCGAAGAAGAUAUGUUCAAGGUUUUGGAGCAGAUCAAGCAACAAAAGGAAACCCGUGACUACCAGACUUUGCUUUUCUCCGCCACGGUGCCGGAAUCCGUUAUGGAAACCAUCAAGCGUUUCGUCAAGGAGGAUUACGUUCGUAUCGAUUUGAUCGGUAACGCCAAAAAUAGAACCAACACCAACAUUCGUCACAUUGCCAUGCCCUCUUCGUAUCAAGCUCGCGCUGACAUUAUUGGUGAUGUCGUCAAUGUCUACGGCAAGAGCGGUCUCACUGUCAUUUUCUGCGCUACCAAAGCGGAUGCCAACGAGCUUGGUACUCACGAUAAACUCAAGCAGGAAGCUGCUGUGCUUCACGGUGAUAUUGCCCAGGCUUCGCGUGAAGCUACCAUGAAAGCUUUCCGUGAAGGAAAGUAUCGCUGCAUCAUUUGUACUGAUGUCCUUGCCCGUGGUUUGGAUAUUCCCCAAGUCGAUUUGGUCAUCAACUGUCAGCCUCCCAAGGAUACCGAGUCUUAUGUCCAUCGUUCUGGUCGUACCGGUCGUGCAGGUCGUUCCGGUGUCUGUGUGACCUUCUACAAGGCCGCUGAAGAAGGCAUUCUCGGCUACAUCACCAAGAAAACCGGUGUCAAUUUUGAAAUCAUGUCCGCUCCCCGUGCUGAGGAUAUUAUCCAAGCCACGACUGAAGAUGCUUUUAAACAAAUUGAAGCUGUCAAUCAAGACGUGCUUCCCUUCUUUGCCGAAAGCGCUGAACAGCUGAUCGAAAAACACGGUGCCAAGAAUGCCGUCGCUGCGGCUCUCGCUUACAUCUCCGGUUACCAAACUGGUAUUCCUAGCCGUUCUCUUUUGACUUCCACCGAAGGCCAAACGACCUUGUAUUUCAAGCUCUCGUAUGCUAUCCAACACCCAGGAUAUGUUCGCAACAUCUUGAACCGCGAAUACCCUCAUUUGGCGUAUGACGACAUGAAGAGCUGGCGUAUGGCCAAGGACAUGAUGGGCGUCGUUUUCGAUAUUACAUCUGACAAAUGCGAAAUCAAGGAUGGUGCCAUUUACUUGGGUGGCAAGCUUUGGGAAGACAAGCACAAUAUUACACUUGAAGCGCCCAAGGAACUUCCCGAACUUGCCGAGCGCGAAGGUAACCGCAACGGUGGCGGUCGUGGUGACUUCAACCGCGGUUACGGCGGUGGUCGUGGCGGUGGACGCAACGGUGGCGGCCGUGGAGGUUAUGGCGGCGGCAACCGCAAUGGUGGUGGCUACGGCGGCGGUUACGGCGGAGGCAACCGCUCGUAUGGCAACAAUGGUGGUUACAAUCGCGGUCGCAGAUAGAUAAAAGCACUCUUUCUUUUUUUUUCAUUUAUAGCAUCAUCACCCAUUUCCUCCCUUUUUACAACAUUUGACUUUUUAGUUGCAUCUAUUUAUUUUGCUUCUAUACCUGAUCAUCUUCAUUUUAGUUUUACUACUUUUACACUUUGACCCAUUUUCUUGCUUGUAACAUACUUUGGUCAGUUAUUGAUAAAAUUCUGUGUCUUUUCCAAUCUUUGUAUUGUGUUUUUUUUUCUGAAUACAAUAACUAUGUCGCAGGCCAAUCAAAACUGAUGUCGUGGUUGAAUCAAUAAUCAACUUCGGCGUUUUAGAAGUGGAAGCCUUGGGAAGUCAUGUCGCCUGCUCAGAAAUUAUGUCGCAUUCGAAGAAAAUACAAAUUGACACGCGCAGCUUUUUCAUGGUCAUUAU